AACGCAAAACAUAAAUUUUUUGAAUGUUUGCAAUCAAAAUUUUAGAAAAUCAAUCGAAACGGAUCUGUAAUUUGUACCCAAAGUAUCUCUGCGUCGGUUAAUUGACAACACGAUCAACAUAGAAAGAAAUUUAUUUUUUACCGAAACGUACCAAAAGAUAUACGAGUCUGUAUAUAUGAACGAAUUAUGAAAUAUGAAUAUACAUACAUAAUCUACUAUGCAACGUUAAUUAAAUGUGCGGAAGACGUUUUAGCAACAAGUUGAGAUGCUACCUGAAUUUACAAUACAUACAAACAUCAAGUCGAAACUGAGCAACUAUUCUAUCUUAGUUUGUGUUAAGUCACGAAUGCAUUUGUGUGCGUGUAGCCCGCCUGCGGAAGCAUAGUAGCAAUGGUACAGGUGCACACAUUCGUGUGUGUACUCGUAUUGCUUGAGUAUGAAUACAAGUAUAAGAGAGUAUGCGAGACGAGUUUGUCUGAGAUCAAUUGAUAGCCAUAGCAUUGUGUAAUGUUGAUCUUGUUUUGGUACCGUAGUGGAGCAUUGAGUUAAAUGAGCCCAGCUCUUAGCUAUGCUGGUUGGCUUGUUUGACGGCAACUUCGUGUGCCUAUGUAUAUGUGAACGUCUUUCUGUUGUUUGAAUGGUAUCAGCAUUGCAGGUGUUUGCAGUCUGCCUUUUAGAAGGUCAUGGUUAAUACAAGCCAUCCUGACCAUGCAGUAGUUGUUGAGCAUUGAAUGAAAUGUGUUCAUAAAGUUCCGCACAAAAUUGAAGAAGUAAUAGUUUAUUAACUUAUAAAGUGUUCCAAUUAUUUUUACAUUUGUCAAGCAUAUGCGGACCAAACUGUUUAAAUUGCACCAUAAAUAAGAACCUAAUAUUUAAAGAAAUGGAAACCUGCGUUCUUAUACCAAAGGAGUUCGCAUUAGUUACAACAUCAUUGACACCCUUUAAUGGAUCAGGAGUAGCCGUAUAUUCAAUAACUGAUAUCAAGGAGGGAUCAUUAUUCUACCCGUUCCAAGGAACAGUUCGAACCGAUAAAUUAGAUACGUUAAAAGAUAUUGAAAACAACGAUUCUCGAUAUAAAUUUGGGUUAUAUGAUGAAGUUUCAUACAAAUACGGAAAACGAGUACAUCACUGUAACUGGAUAAGAUUCCUUACAGUUUCCUCUUCAUAUGAUUCCAACGUAAAUCUUAUCUGCACAAAGGUCAAGGGCGAUCCUAUGUAUGAGGUAGUUAAAGCAAUUAUGAUACAUCAAGAAUUGGUAGUAUACUAUUUGCCAGAACGGCCGGAACAGAGUAUUGUUACACAUUUACACUCAAUAUUGUAUAGAAAAGCAAUGGAAUCCUUUGUAAAAGACACUCCACUGGAUUUAUCAUUAUCAUUAAUGUAUAGAUUACCAAAUUUACCGCUUUCUCCUCCAGCAAGUGAAGACGAACAUAAGACAGUUUUAGGCAAUUAUUCAGCUAUUAAUAAUUACAUAUAUCAGACACCAAAAAGACGAGCUAUGAGAAAUGAGCGGUCUCUGUUACCCUGUGACGUUUGUAAUAAGUCCUUCGAUCGACCGAGUCUUUUAAAAAGACAUAUGAGGACACAUACAGGCGAAAAACCACACGAAUGUUUGGUAUGCGGCAAAGGAUUUAGCACAUCAAGUUCUCUUAAUACGCAUAGAAGAAUUCAUUCAGGAGAAAAGCCUCACGAAUGUCAAGUAUGCGGAAAAAGGUUCACAGCGAGCAGUAAUCUAUAUUAUCACAGAAUGACCCAUAUAAAGGAAAAACCACAUAAAUGUAAUUUGUGCUCGAAAUCAUUUCCCACACCCGGAGACUUAAAAGCUCAUAUGUAUGUGCACAGUGGCUCUUGGCCUUACAAGUGCUCAAUUUGCCACCGCGGAUUUUCCAAGCAAACUAAUCUAAAGAAUCAUUUAUUUCUACAUACCGGUGACAAGCCGCAUGGUUGCCCGAUAUGUAGCAAAAAAUUUGCACUGGCGUGUAAUUUAAGAGCCCAUAUGAAGACUCAUGAAGGGUAUCUUCAACCGGAUUACACUAAAGAAUGCCUUCGAUGUGCAAGCAAUAGUAUUAAUAUGGACAGAAAAUACUGUAAGGGAUGUACUUCUAUAAAUUGUUCCACAAAUGAUAUUGACAAUUCUUUGGUGGAUAGAGAAGCUAUUACAAAGGAAGACUUUGAUACUUUUUUCUUGCAAAUUUAGUGACUGAUUUAUCGAGUGACAUUUUUAAUGUCUACCUUUUAAGUUGUGAUAAUAAUUUAAAAGAAAAUAUGUUCAAUACUUUUUUUAGGUUUUUUUGUUACAUAGAAAUUUACAGUAAGUUAAGAAAUAUUUACGGCGAUCAAUUUCUUAUUUCUCAUUUACGGAGGUUCCAAGCGACAGGUUUGGGUUAGAAAAUAUGUAUAUAUUAAUCAUAGCUCGCAAAUAACUGUUGUCCGUUUUUUUCCUUACGCUCUGCUCGCGAGAACAACAGAUAAAAAGCACGCACCCUCGUUCUCUCUCUGAGCAGCAGACUUCGUUUCUUUUCAUUUCGGCUUUCUAUUGAGCGCUUUACGAUGAUCGUUCGCGAGACGGUCUCUUACCGAACAUCGCCCAAAGAGAGAUACGAGUGACGCUUGCACAGAGAUACUCACUAAAAGACCGAUUGACUGUCUUUUCGAUGCACAGUGGAAAUUAAUAGUUUUCUUUUUAAUUAAUUUAUUUUGAGUUAAGCUUAACAACUAAAAGUGAGUUUAAGUUUUCUUUGUUUCUUUACAACUUUAAUUUCGGCAUCUUAAUCGCUGUCGCACUCUCUAAAUAUUUCACCAUGUUUACAUAAAAACCGAAACCUAGUUCAUAUGUUCUAAAUAAUAUAAAUAAAGGUUUAUAAUUUUGGUUAAGCUUUUAAAGUUUUAGAUGUAAGUUACUAAGAACAUAUAUUUUUAUAUAUUUAUUUACUAUAUAUAAAAAGGAUCCUUGCAAUCAGCAGUGAGUUUCGCGUUGAUAUCAUUUAAGGAAAGCCCUAGUCAAACCUACUUUUAUACGAAAUAUUGUCAACCAGCUAAGUUACGGUUAUAAGUCGCUGCUAAAUAGAAUUCUAAAUGCUAAAUGAAAAAUAAAAACUAUGUACAGCCAUGCUCCAGUUAUAACAAAUCGUAAAAAGUUACGAAUUGACUGUCAUAUCGCAAAACUAAGUGCUUCAGUUUUCUCAGAAAACUCAGAAUCCUACGAUUCGACACGGUUUCAAAGGAGCUUCCGAUUUCAAAAAUGAAUUACACAGAGCAUAUAAAUAUUAAUUUUUAUGAGCGGGAACAAAUAUAUAAUCUUAUUUGCUAAAGUUGUAACUUUAUAUUUAUACAUUUGGACUUUUAAUAAAUUUAUUUAUAAAUACGCUAAUAGGCUAAUAGGCUCUGUACACUGAGCAUAUCCAAGAGGAACGGUGGGAUUUUUUUUGCCCGAUUCACAAUGUCACCAUCCACCAUCUAUUAUCCGUCAAAAAUCAGCUGAUGAGAAUAUAAUGAUAAAGUUUUGGUCUGAGCUGUGAAAUUUUAAAAAUUUUAAAUAUGUAAAUUGGCUAUUUUAUUGGCUUUAAUAAAACAGUCCAUAUAUUUACAAUUAACGUUACUCUUUGGACUCCCUUAAAAAUUGCAGCACCUCUAUUUGGAAGUGAGUUUGGUCUUGACUGCUCGCAAUUUGCUAGAGUAUCUCUCGCUUUGUUUCCUGGUGCUGUAAUUCUGUAAUUUCCUGUAAUUUAUGCUGCUCCAUCUGGACUUCAAGAAUUUCCGAACAAUCUCCUCCAGAUUUUCCAGUUUAAUCCGCUUUGGUGCGGUG